UUUCCUCAUGAGCUGGGCGACUUCGUCAUCCUGCUGAACGCCGGUAUGAGCGUCCCUCAGGCCAUUUUCUUCAACCUGCUGUCGGCGGUGUCGUGUUACGUCGGCCUUUUUUUCGGCAUCCUGCUCGGGAGCAACUUUGCCCCCAACGCAAUCUUUGCCAUCGCGGGAGGAAUGUUCCUGUACAUUGCACUGGCAGACAUGUUUCCAGAGAUGGACAACAUCUUACGGGAACAAAAGAAAACCUCGGAAAAGAUCAUCUUCUUCCUGAUCCAGAACUUUGGGCUGCUCACCGGGUUCACCAUCAUCCUGCUGAUCACCACGUUCGCCGGAGCGAUCAACCUGGGCUAGACGGACGGAGAGAGAGAGAGACACACUGGAGGAACACAAACUGGAUUUUAAAAACAAAAACAAAAAAACAAGCUGCUUCCAUUUCUGCUCCCAGCUGAGCGGGAAAGUGAAUGUUUUGUUUAUAGACAAAACCAAAUGUUUAAAGGGAAAUAAUGAUUUUAUAUAUCUGACUAUCAGCGUAGUUUACUUGAUUAAAAAAAAAAGGGAAAAUCGUUACAAUCGUUCGAUGUAUAAACUCUAGUCAAAUUUGUUUUUGUGGAGACAAUAAAUGAUGUUUCCCGUCUUCAUGUAAUGUGAGAUACUUGACAUGUGUUGUACUGUGGAUGCUGUAGUGUAAACUAAUAUGAGCUGUGUUAUUAUUCUGCCUUUUUAUGAGAGUUGGACCUCAGAGAAUUUGUGAGCGUCACUGGAUGACACUCACGAGCCUCAUUUUUGAGUUUUCCUUUAUAUCAUGUCUUUGUGUAUUUACAUCAUGUGUGUAGAGUGUUCAAAUGUUUGGCAAAGAUUUGACAGAAAUCACCGGAACACCUUAAAGAUGCUCCGACUCGGACGAGCUGUAUAUUCAGGAUUGAUGUUCGUGUAUCAGGUAGUUUUAAAUCACACUGACGGCCUCUGUGAUUGGCUCAAGGAUCAUCACAUUCACCCAAAUAAAAAACCACAAAUACCAAAGAUAAA